GCAGCAGCACAGUAGCAGCUGCUGUCCUAAGAAUUAAAGAAUUUCUGUCUUUCCUUCUUCUGUUCGUUUCUUAGUUUCUUAUAAUUGUACAUUUUAUUGUAUUAGUUAUUAGAUCUAUGGUGCUAUGAUGUCUGAAACUCCUACCAGUGAUGAAGGAAGAGGAAGAGCAGGAGGAAGGAAAAGAGUAGGAUGGUGGAGGCGGUUCAAAGGCAAAGGCGAUGAUGAAGGGAUACAGGAACUGAAGAAAGAAUUCAAAAUGGAUUCACAUAUGAUACCAUUGGAAACUCUACUUGAUAGGUUGAAUACAAAUGUUGAGGAGGGGCUAAGCGAAGAUUAUGCAGCUGCAGUUUUAGAAAGAGACGGCCCGAAUGCUCUCACUCCUCCAAGACAGACUCCAGAGAUAAUCAAAUUCCUCAAACAAUUAUUUGGAGGAUUUGCUGCUCUUCUUUGGGCCGGAGCCUUUCUCUGCAUCGUAUCAUUCAUAGCUCAAGUUGUACAAGGAUCAACGGAAUUUGAUAAUUUGUAUUUAGGUAUUUCACUGAUUGUUGUCGUCAUUAUUACCGGUAUAUUCUCUUAUUAUCAAGAAGCUAAAAGUGCUAGCAUUAUGAAAACAUUCUCAAAACUUGUACCACAGACAGCAGUGGUAAAGAGAGGUGGUAGAUUGUAUCCAUUAUCAGCAGAUGAGUUAGUUGUUGGUGAUAUUAUUGAUGUCAAAGCCGGCGAUAGGUUGCCAGCUGAUAUAAGACUAAUAAAAUCAUCUGGUUUUAAAGUUGAUAACAGUGCAUUGACUGGUGAAUCAGAUCCUUUGCUUCGUGUCCCAGACUCUUGUGAUGAAAAUCCACUGGAAACUAAAAACCUUGCAUUUUUCUCAACCAAUGCUGUAGAAGGUACAUGUACAGGUAUAGUGGUUAACACAGGUGACCGUACAGUGAUGGGUAGAAUUGCAACACUGACCAGCACAAUAAAGCAAGAAAAGACUCCAAUAGCGAUUGAGCUCCAUCACUUCAUUAUGAUCAUAACUUCAGUUGCAAUUGUUCUUGGAGUGACAUUCUUUGCCAUUUGCUUCAUACUAGGAUAUGAGUGGAUCGAUGCAGUCCUGUUUCUUAUUGCAAUCAUAGUGGCCAAUGUACCUGAGGGAUUACUAGCUACAGUCACUGUUUGUUUAACGCUGACUGCUCAAAGAAUGAAGAUUAAGAAUUGUCUUGUUCGUAAUCUAGAAGCAGUGGAGACAUUAGGAUCAACCUCAGUGAUAUGUUCAGAUAAAACUGGGACACUCACUCAAAACAGAAUGACAGUUGCUCACAUGUGGUAUGAUGGUAAAGUGUUUGGUGCUAAUACAGAUGAGACUCCAAAUAACCCACUGAUAACUAGAAGAGAGAUGACUCCUACAUGGAAUCAUUUAUCAAACAUCAUUGGUCUAUGUAACAGAGCUUAUUUUAAAGAAAAUCAAACUGGACUUAAUAUACUAGACAAAGAGUGUAUUGGUGACGCGUCUGAGUCAGCUUUAUUGAAGUGUUAUGAGUUGGAGGUCGGAAGUGCUCUAGUUUUACGAAAUAAGUAUAUCAAGAAAUCUGAAAUACCUUUCAACUCUACCAACAAAUUUCAAGUAUCUGUACAUGAUGAUCCUGAAACUGAUGGUCAUUUACUAGUAAUGAAAGGGGCACCUGAAAGGAUAUUGUCUCGUUGUACAACAUAUUUAUUAGAUGGAGAGGAGAUGCCGGUUACUAAUGACUUUAGUAAGGAUUUUAAUGAUGCUUACAUGGAGCUAGGUGGAAUGGGAGAAAGAGUUCUAGGUUUCUGCAUGUUACAGUUACCUGGUGAGACAUUUCCUAAAGGUUUUGAAUUCAACAACGAAGAGGUUAAUUUUCCAUUGGAGGGUCUGUGUUUUGUUGGUUUGGUCUCAAUGUUAGAUCCUCCGCGGUCCAAUGUACCGUUAGCCGUUAGUAAGUGCCGGACCGCGGGUAUUAAAGUGAUAAUGGUAACUGGCGAUCACCCUAUCACUGCUAAAGCCAUUGCCAAAUCAGUCGGAAUCAUAAGUGAAGGUAGUUUGACUCCUGAAGAUGUUGCUGAAGCCGAGACUAUAACAAUAAACGAGAUAAGAGCAAACAGCCAAGCAAAAGCGAUAGUAGUUCACGGAAGCAAGCUAGCUGACAUGAAUAAUGAUGAAGUUGACGGUGUAUUAAAUAAUUACAACGAGAUAGUGUUUGCUCGUACUUCACCGACUCAAAAGCUAAGGAUUGUGGAAGGAUGCCGUAGGGCAGGUUGGGUUGUGGCUGUCACUGGAGACGGAGUGAAUGAUGCACCAGCACUGAGGAGAGCUAAUAUUGGUGUUGCUAUGGGUAUCACUGGAUCUGAUGUCUCUAAACAGGCUGCUGAUAUGAUCCUUUUAGAUGAUAAUUUUGCUUCAAUUGUCACAGGAGUUGAAGAAGGUCGUCUGAUAUUUGAUAAUUUAAAGAAAUCAAUAGCAUAUACUCUAACGUCGAACAUACCAGAGAUCACUCCAUUCCUAAUCUUCAUACUAGCAUCAGUCCCACUGCCACUGGGUAUCGUUACAAUCCUCUUCAUUGAUCUAGGGACAGACCUUGUCCCUGCUGUAUCACUAGCUUAUGAAAAGGCAGAGAGCAACAUAAUGGAGAGGAAACCGAGAGAUGCCAAACGGGACAAACUAGUUAAUAACAGGUUAAUAUCUAUGACAUACGGGCAGAUUGGUAUGAUCCAAGCACUGGCUGGUUUCUUUACUUACUUUGUUAUAAUGGGAGAGAACGGGUUCCUACCUCUUACUCUACUGGGACUACGCUCUGACUGGGAUAACAGGGACCUACACGUCACUGAUAGCUACGGACAAGAUUGGGGUUAUGGUCCACGCAAGCAGUUAGAAUACACUUGUCACACUGGGUUCUUUGUUAGUAUCAUAAUAGUACAGUGGGCUGAUCUCAUUAUCUGUAAGACAAGACUCAACUCUCUUUUUCAGCAAGGAUUUAAGAAUCAUUACUUGACCUUUGGCCUCAUAUUUGAGACUACCCUGGCUGUGUUCCUGGCCUAUUGUCCGGGCCUUGAGAACCUAAGGUUUUAUGGUCUUAGGUUUGAGUGGUGGUUUGUCGUUGUAGCAUUUAGUCUCUUAAUAUUCAUUUAUGAUGAAAUAAGGAAGCUAUUGAUCAGAAGGAAUCCUGGAGGUUGGGUUGAGAAAGAAACUUAUUAUUAGACACUAUUAGAAUUCAUAAUAGCUAGCCACGUAUCAUUACUAUUAUUAUUAUCAUUUUAGAAGUGCAAAAGUGUAUUCAUACUAUUCAAAUUUAAA